GCUACUGAUGGUGACAUGCCAAGACGAAAGAUAAUGGCCAGCUGUUGAUGAGUUAAACGUGCAUUAUUUUUCAGAGCAGCUUUGUUUGGGUAUCCAAUCAGUCCUCCUUAUCUGCUCUUCUUGACUGGCUCAAGUAUACAUGCUGCUGCUAUUGGAUAUGAGAAAGUUUAAUCUUGGUGGCCGCUUGUGUUCGUCGUUCCGCAGUUGGUGCUAAACUCAGUCAGAUCUCCUCUUGCAGCACUUCUGUCAGUUCAGUUACUGGCCUGUAUUCAGGUGUAGCAGCAGCAUGAUUUUCUCCUGGUGAUUAACCACCGAUAAUCUUCUAGUUAUUAUCUAUUUCGAUUCUAGCUUUAACUCGGCCUUGCGAGAUCUGAAUAGUAAGGAUGGGCAGGGGUGACUAUCAUAGCAAACUGCGUCUUCAAGAUGAUCACUAUUGAACCUGUUUACUCGUUGGAAGACUGGAUUUUAUGUUGUAAGACUGGAUAGCAAACUGAAUAGUAAGAUUUGUAAGACUUCAGGUUUUGCCACUCUGAAAAAAGUCACCCUGGUGCUGUGGGGGGAUCUGUGGCGCUAGCUGAGUUUGUCUGAUCGAUGGCAGCCAUACUAGAAUCUUUGCUUGGAUCAUGUGCCAAGAAGCUGCAAGAAAUCCUUACAGAUGAGGCCAUACUAAUCCUUGGGGUGGAAGAAGAGCUCGCAGAAGUGCUGCGAAGAGUAGAACUGAUACAGUGUUGCAUUGCUGAUGCUGAGAAAAGGAGGACAAAAGAUCUAGCAGUAAACAGUUGGCUUGGCCAACUCAGAGAUGUUAUAUAUGAUGUUGAUGAGCUCUUGGACGUAGCUAGAUGUAAAGGAAGCAAGCUACUGCCCGACCAUACUUCAUCAUCAUCAAGCAAAUCAGCUGCAUGUAAAGGCCUUUCAGUUUCCUCUUGCUUUUGUAACAUCAGGCCACGACGUGACGUUGCUGUACGGAUUAGAAGCCUCAACAAGAAGAUAGAGAACAUUUCAAAGGACAAGAUAUUUUUGACAUUCAGCAAUAGUACACAACCUACUGGAAAUGGUCCAACAUCCAAACUGAUAAGAAGUUCCAACCUUAUUGAGCCCAACCUUGUGGGAAAGGAGAUCAGACAUUCCAACAGGAAGUUGGUGAACUUGGUGCUUGCAAACAAGGAAAAUAUGUCCUACAAGCUUGCUAUUGUUGGAACCGGAGGAGUUGGCAAGACAACACUGGCCCAGAAAAUAUACAAUGACCAAAAAAUAAUAGGAAGCUUCAAUAUACGUGCAUUUGUUUGUGUUUCACAAGACUACAAUGAAGUUAGUCUUCUGAAAGAGGUUCUCAGAAAUAUUGGUGUGCAUCAUGAGCAAGGUGAAACCAUCGGAGAGCUGCAAAGAAAGCUUGCAGGAACAAUUGAAGGAAAGAGUUUCUUUCUCAUUCUGGAUGAUGUGUGGCAGUCCAAUGUAUGGACGGAUUUGCUAAGAACUCCAUUACAUGCAACAACUGCCGGGGUAAUAUUGGUCACCACACGAGAUGAUCAAAUUGCAAUGAGAAUAGGUGUAGAGGAUAUCCAUCGAGUUGAUCUCAUGUCAGUAGAGGUGGGAUGGGAGCUACUUUGGAAGAGUAUGAACAUCGAUGACGAGAAAGAAGUGCAGCAUUUAAGAAACAUAGGGAAUGAGAUCGUUCGUAAAUGCGGUCGCCUCCCUCUUGCUAUCAAGGUUAAUGCUAGUGCUUUGACUUGCAGAGAUCUCACAGAGAAUGAGUGGAAAAGGUUUUUGGGCAAAUACUCCCAGAGCAUUCUCUCUGAUGAAACAGAAGCAGCUCUGUAUCUAAGCUACGAUGAAUUACCACAUCAUCUGAAGCAGUGUUUCCUUUAUUGUGCUUUGUACACUGAAGAUUCUAUCAUUGAACUUCGUAUUGUUACUAAGUUAUGGAUUGCUGAAGGCUUUGUCGUGGAGCAACAAGGCCAAGUACUAGAAGACAUAGCAGAAGAGUACUACUAUGAGCUAAUCCAUCGGAAUCUGCUCCAACCCUGUGACACAUGUUAUAACCAGGCUCAAUGCACAAUGCAUGAUCUCCUAAGACAUCUUGCUUGUAAUAUAUCAAGAGAAGAAUGUUUUAUUGGUGACGUUGAGACAUUAAGUGGUGCAAGUAUGUCAAAACUGCGACGUGUUACUGCCGUCACUAAAAAGGAAAUGUUAGUGUUACCUAGCAUGGAUAAGGUGGAAGUGAAGGUGAGGACUUUCCUAACUGUUCGUGGUCCAUGGAGACUUGAGGAUACAUUGUUCAAGAGAUUUCUUCUUCUUCGUGUUCUGGUUUUGAACUACUCACUUGUACAGAGCAUUCCAGAUUAUAUAGGAAAACUGAUACAUCUACGGUUACUUAAUCUAGAUUAUACUGCUAUAUCUUGUGUUCCCAAAUCUAUUGGUUUCCUAAAGAACCUUCAAGUAUUGAGUUUGAGAUUCUGUAAGGAUCUGCACAGUCUUCCUUUGACGAUGACCCAACUCUGCAAUUUAAGAUCCCUCUGGCUUCUUCGUACAGCAAUAAGUAAGGUUCCAAAAGGAAUAGGAAAACUGAUGUUCCUGAAUGAAAUAGUAGCAUUUCCUGUUGGUGGUGGAAGUGAUAAUGCUGAUGUACAGGAUGGAUGGAAGUUGGACGAGUUGUCUUCUGUAUCGCAGAUUAGGUAUCUUCAUCUGGUUAAAUUGGAAAGAGCUGCUCAUUGUAGUCCCAAUACAGUGCUGACGGACAAAAAACAUCUAAAGAGUCUAAUCCUAGAGUGGACUGAACUUGGAGAGGGAUCAUAUUCAGAAAACGAUGUUAGCAAUACUGAGAAUGUCCUUGAACAGCUAAGGCCUCCAGGCAACCUGGAAAACUUAUGGAUUCAUGGAUUCUUUGGUCGGCGCUAUCCCACCUGGUUUGGUACCACCUGUUUGUCUUCACUGAUGCACUUGGAUCUCGAAGAUCUACGAUCAUGUGUGGAUCUUCCACCGCUUGGGCGGCUACCCAACUUGAAAUUUCUGAGAAUUGAGGGAUUAUAUGCAGUUACCAAGGUUGGACCUGAAUUUGUUGGUUGCAGGAAGGGUGAUUCCGCAUGCAAUGAGUUUGUUGCUUUCCCUAAACUUGAAUGUUUGGUCAUCGCGGAUAUGCCCAACUGGGAGGACUGGUCUUUUUUGGGGGAAGACGAAUCUGCUGAUGCGGAAAGGGGAGAGGAUGGAGCUGCUGAGAUUUGUAAAGAGGAUGCCCAAUCUGCAAGGUUGCAACUGCUGCCUCGUUUGGUGAAGUUGCAACUAUUUUAUUGCCCAAAGCUGAGUGCUCUGCCGCGACAGCUUGGAGAGGACACCGCCAGUUUGAGGCAGCUCACAUUAAUUGGAGCAAACAACUUGAAGGCCGUGGAGGACUUCCCACUGCUCUCUGAGUUUCUUUGUAUUGAGGACUGUGAAGGCCUGGAGAGGGUCUCCAACCUCCCUCUCGUGUCAGAACUGUAUGUCCUUGGCUGUCGAAACUUACGCUUUGUAGAUGGUUUGGGCAGUCUGCAGCGGCUGGGGCUGGCCGAGGACAUGCAAGAGGUCUCCUCCCGCUGGUUACCCGAGCUUCAAAACCAGCACCAACAACUGCAUGAUGGCGAAGACCUGGAUGUCUUCACGUACACUUUUGGAGGACAAUAACAGUUGGAUGGCAACGGAAGCACAAGCUCAUCGCUUGGACGGGCAAAGCAUGAGGCAUACUGAUCACUUGGACUGGCAAGUCGAGAGAGCACGUCAUUGUUGAAGAUGUGAGCGAUCGAGCUGGGUGAAGAAAGUGCCCUGUUUUUCUCCAGGCUGCUGCCCUGGAAAUGUAUCGAAUUUUUCUUUCUGAACCUAAUUUGCUGUACUGAACCUCUGUGGCGUGGUUUCUUUCUUGGAAUGUAACCGACGAAUUUCGUUUCGGUUUCUUUCUGAACUGUGAUUCUGUGACCAGGGGACGGUUGCUGUAUUGAACCCGUGAAUCUUGAUCUCUGAAUUGAACCGACGAAUUUCAGUUUGUUUUCUAGA